AUGAAAUCCGAAUCAGCAACCUACACCCACGGCCACCACGCCUCCGUCCUCCGCUCCCACACCUGGCGCACCGCCGCCAACUCGGCAGCCUACCUCCUCCCGCACCUCCGCCCAGACAUGCGCAUCCUGGACGUCGGCUGCGGCCCCGGAACCAUAACCGUCGAUCUGGCGCGGCUGGUUCCCAACGGCCACAUCACGGGCCUCGAGCGCGCGCCCGAAGUCCUCCCGCAGGCGCGCGCCCUCGCCGCCUCGCACUCCCUCACCAACAUCGACUUCGUCGCGGGGGACGCCAACGCCCUGCCCUUCGCGGACGGGACCUUCGACCUCGUCCUCUGCCACCAGGUGCUGCAGCACGUGCGGGACCCCGUGCACAUCCUGCGGGAGAUGCGGCGCGUCGCGAAGGUGGGCGGCCUCGUCGCGGCGCGGGAGUCGGACUACGCCGGGUUCGUGUGGUACCCUGAGACGGCGGGGAUGGAGGCGUGGCGGGCGACGUACCUGCAAGUGGCGCGGGCGUGGAGGAGCUGGGGCGCUGAGGAGGAUGCGUGGUUCUCGGUGCUGUCGGGGGAGGUGAUUUGUGUCAAGGGGGAGUAG